AUGACAAAAAAAGAUUUUGAAAAAUAUGUUGACAAAGAAAACAAUCCGGAUACAUUGUAUGGAGAAACGAGGAAAACGGAGCCUUGUGUGAAUAACAGGAGGGGCGGCUUUUGCCUGCAAGAUAGUUAUGACUCAACAAGCGGGCCGAUGGGGUUAAUGACCGACCUAGGAAGUGAUACACCGCCGAGCAUAUUUAUGCAAGAACGAGUUAUUGCGCACCCAUCUCCUUCCUACGCGAGAGCUGCGGCGGUGUCUACCGGUGAGCCGCUCUCUGUCGCUCCGGGGCAGAAACGGCAACACGUGGAGGCCCACCGCGGAAAGGAGGCCCACUGCGGAGAUCAAGAAUGCACUUCGCACGUGCCGAACGUCGAAGCGGUGGCGCGCGCGCCGCCGUCGCCGUCUUCGCUGACAGCGGUUGCGGCGGUGUCACGCGCGAUCAUAACGGGCGGUGAUGGGGAAGCCCAGAUACAAAAUAAUAGUGAAGGAGAAUGGGUUCAGGUCGUAAGGCGUAAGACGUCACGUUUUAAAGGCAUGCGGGGAAAGGCUUCGAUAGAUCCGUCACUUAAAUUAAGGGCAGCCGAUGUGCAAAUCCCGCUUUUCAUUUAUAAUGUCUCAAAGGAGAAUACAGAGCAAGAUGUUGCGGAUUAUGUAUUCGAAAAGACACAUAUUCGUAUUGUGCCAGAAAAAGUACAUAUGAAAUCUUCAAGGGAUUAUAUUUCUUUUAAAUUCUAUAUACCUAGGAGUAUGGGUCGGCGUAAAUCUAAAAGAAAGCCUCCACCGAAACGUAAGGCAAUUGAGCCUUUAGAUCAGCAAUUUAACUGCCCAUUUUGUAACCACGAAAAAUCCUGUGAAGUAAAAAUGGACCGAGCUCGAAAUACGGCUAGAAUACAAUGUCGGGUGUGUUUAGAAGACUUUCAGACAACAACAAAUGUUUUAUCUGAACCAAUUGAUGUCUACAAUGAUUGGGUAGAUGCAUGUGAAAGUGCUAAUUAA